CAGAGGUAGAUACUUUUGUUCACAGUCUUUUGAGUUCUUAGCUUUCAGGAUGUACAUAACUCAGCGAUCCUGCAAGUAUCCGUCUGUUCCAAACAAGCUAGAAGACCUGCGACUGGCUAGGCCACAAAGUUACUUUCAACAUACAGGAAGACAUAUACAAGUACCAUGUGGGAAGAGACUGGUCAGCUGCGCUGUUGCUGCGCCAGUUGACAGGUCAACCGGUGCCAACCCAACGCCCGAGAACACACGAAGCCGGGCAUCGACGCUGCCGAGUAGAAACCGCAAUCAUGAAACGGACUUUGUGAUUGUUGGUUCUGGCAUCGGCGGUCUUUGCUGCGCGGCUCUUCUUGCCAAGUACGGCUACCGUGUCACUGUGUGCGAGUCGCACUAUCUGCCUGCGCACCAACAUCAUUGCACAGGUGGCGCGGCGCACUCGUUCGAGGUAGGCGGCUACACGUUUGAUGCGGGGCCCUCAUUCUUCCUGGGUAUUGGUGGUCCGCCCGGGGAUGGCAGCCCCAACCCUCUUAAGCAGGUCUUGGAUGCGGUGGGGGAGAGCGUCCCAUGCAAGCAAUACGACCGGUGGAUCGUGCACCCGCCCGGCGGCGCCCCCUCCUUCCCCACCAUCGCCUCCGCCUCCGCCUAUGAGGCCACCAUUCUGAGCCAGGGAGGGCCCGAGGCGCUGGCGCAGUGGCGGGAGCUGCAGGCAGCCAUGAAGCCCCUGCAGGCCGCCGCAGGUCUGUUCCCUGCCGCCGCGCUACGAGGUGACCCGUGGGUCGUUCUGACGGCUGCUCGCUUCCUGGGGCCCCAGCUGCUGACCACUGCGCGGGUGGCGCCUCUGCUAACGGGUCCCUUCUCCGUGCUGGUGGACCGGCACGUGACGCACCCCUGGCUGCGGGCCUUCAUGGAUCUGGAGUGCUUCGUGCUGUCCGGCAUGACCGCCCGCCACACGCUGUGCGCCGAGAUGGCCUUCAUGUUCGGGGAGCGCAACAACGGGCGCAGCGGGAUUGAUUACCCGAUGGGCGGCAGUGGGGCCAUCAUCGACGCCCUGGUCCGCGGCAUCACCAAGCACGGCGGCCGGGUGCUGCUGGCGGCGCAUGUGGAGGAGGUGCUGGUGGAGGGGGGCGCGGCGGCGGGGGUGAGGCUGCGGAGCAGGAGCAGGGGCAGGGGAGGUAGCGGCGGCAGAUAUCGGAAUGGGUACGGUAACGGCAGGCAGGAGGGCUCCAACGGUACCGGUAGCAGCGACUUGCAUGGAAAUGGCAACGGUGUUGCUAGAAAGGUGGAGGUGCAACAGCUGCAUGCACAGGAGCAGAAUGAGGCAGGGGUGGCUGAGCGGACUAGGGGUGAGGAAACGGAGGAGGAGGUGGUGGAGGUCAUUCGCGCUCGGUGCGGGGUGGUGAGCAACGCGUCGGUGUGGGAUACGUUGCGGCUGCUGCCGGCGGGAGCGGCGCCGGAGGAGUGGCUGCGGGCGAGCCAGGAGACGCCGGCGCUCGACAGCUUCAUGCACCUGCACCUGGGCAUCGACGCCGCCGGCCUGCCGCCCUCCCUGGACUGCCACCACCUGCUGGUCGACCACUGGAGCGACCUUACGGCGCCGCAGAAUGUCAUCAUCGCCUCGCUGCCGUCCGUGUUCGACCCCAGCUUGGCGCCUGAGGGCAAGGCCACCGUGCACUGCUACUGCGCCGCCAACGAACCGUACGACAAGUGGGCUGGACUGGACCGUCGCAGCGGGGAGUACCGGAGGUUGAAACAGGAGAGGGCAGAGCCGCUGUGGCAGGCUCUUCAGCGCUUCAUCCCAGAUGUGCGCGAGCGAGCGGAGUUGGUGCUGGUUGGCUCGCCGCUGACCCACGAACGGUUUGUACGGCGACACAGGGGCUCGUACGGCCCCGGCAUCAGCGCUGCGGGUGGCGGUGGUGCAGGUGCCAACAGCGUUCAGGGCUGGCCCGGCCCCCGCACUCCCAUCCCCCGCCUCAGCAUGUGCGGCGACUCCUGCAUGCCCGGCAUUGGGGUGCCCGCAGCGGCUGCCUCGGGUAUGAUCGCCGCCAACUCCCUGGCACCCCCCUGGAGCCACCUGGCCAUGAUGGACGAGCUACUGCAGCAGCAGCGGUAGCGGUGGGCCGGUGGCAGCGAUUGCUUUCGUGAAUGCCGUACACAUAACGAAUGCCGUGCCGUACAAUUCCCUGGGAAAAGGAUUUGGAGCCGGCUCUUGGAAUCGGAAGACGGCAUGGCGGAUGGGCUAACGAGGCAUGCAUGCUAGGGUAUCAUGGCACGGGCUGAUGAGGCGGCGGCGAUGAGGAAGCGGGUUUCUGUGUUGCAUGUAGCUGCAGUUGACGCUCUGCGGCGUUAGGAUUGUGUACGGUAAUUCAGUCCGUCAACAUGUCAACGAUCGAAAGGCCACAAUGAGCGAGAGAGGAGCUGAUGAAGAAUGAUGCUUACAUACGUAGCGUGAGGGAGAGGGAGGUAGUUUCACGAACGAGGGUUAGCGUCAUGAAAGCACGCAUCCCAGUUAACCUGUUGAAGAAUGAGAUGCACAGGAAGCAUGCAACAUGUACACAUAUUGGGCCACUCGAACCACAGCCCGCACAUGUGGGUGUCCUGCAUGCAUUGUGCACACGCAACCGUUAGCACGGUACAUGGCGCAUCGUGCCCGCUGUCUCUUGCCGUACACUAAUCUCCAGUCGGCGUGUACCUUCAUUCGUGUGGCUUUUCGUCGUGUUCAGAGUCAUUGGUAAUGGUUUCUGGCAGAUUGCCCACUUCGCAUGAUCGUUGGGUGGAGCGCUGAUGAGAGCGGGUUAGAGGGUGGGUACCGGUUUGGGUCUCGGGUAUGGUGUUAAAUGUUUGAUAGUCGUAAUUCAGAGAAAUGUUUGCGUGUACUACCCUACUUAUGUUCCAUUCGUACAUACGUACUGUUGUUAGAAACAGUAACUCGGAAUAGAGGACACCGCCGUACUUGUGGAGUUUCCUGCUGCUUUCUCAACACAUUCUGUUGUUUCGCUUAAACUGGCUUAUGCGUGGUUGGGGACCCUACAAAUGCUAGUCCGAUGCCCUAGGCCCCGCCCUGCCCACAUCCCGUCUGCGGGUGUUAGGAAGCAUGUACGGUUGUACGGAACCAUUCAUGGUACGGAUAUGAAGGGCGUCUUUACCAAAAAAGGCAACAAGCCCCUAAUAUGUGUGGUAUCAAGUCCCCAUGUAGGGUGGGGAGGUGUUUAUGACUGUGAUAUUUGAAGGAUGUGGGUUGUGAAACCUUGUGAGGGCACAUCGUACAGCCCAUGCCAAGGCCACUGUAGUGCGGCGGACACAGUGGUCGUUCAGUAGGGACUAAGCAAGAAUACCCCACAGUAGAUGCAUGUUAGUAUUAACCAAAAACUUGAGGGAACUGAAGCGGAU